AUGGCAAUGAUGGCAUUUUUGGUGGUUCUUCUCCCGGUUUUACUGGUGAGCGGAUGCACUCAGGAUAAAGACAUGCUGGUUGACUGCUCUGACGUCUAUAAAUCAGGACAAACAGUCAGUGGGAUUUACUCCAUCUAUCCAGCAGGUGAUUUUCCUGUCUGGGUUUACUGUCAGAUGAUCUCAGAUGGGAAAGAGGAAGGCAAAGGAGGAUGGACGGUGAUUCAGAGGAGAAUGGAUGGCAGUGUGAAUUUCUAUCGGCCGUGGAAUCAGUACAAGAGAGGAUUUGGGAAUGUGGAGGGUGAAUACUGGCUGGGGCUGGAGAACAUGUAUGAGCUGACACGCAACAGGAACUACAUGCUGAGAGUGGAUCUGGAGGACUUUGAAGGAAGGAAAGGUUUUGCUCUGUACUCGUCCUUCUCUGUGGAUUGUGAAACUGAUGGGUAUAAACUGCAUAUUUCAGGGUUCAAGGAUGGAGGAGCAGGCGACUCUUUAUUUGUUCAUAAUGGACACAAGUUCUCCACCUUUGACAAAGAUCAAGACUCCCAUAAUGGUCUUAACUGUGCCAAAAGGCAUGUCGGGGCAUUUUGGUACCAAAACUGUGUCUAUACAAAUCCAAAUGGUUUGUAUUUGUGGGGUGAAGUUCCCAUCAUGGAUUGCACUGGAAAUUUUUGGUUCACCUGGAAGAACAAUGAUAUUGCUGGAUUCAAAUCCAUCAGCAUGAAGAUCAGGCGUGUGUCUUAG